AUUCGCCAUGGGCCUUCGAGGAUCUAAACAACCAGAAGCCCGAGUUCUCCUUCUGGGCCUGGACAACGCAGGAAAAUCUACUCUCCUCUACAAAAUGAAACACAACGCGUGUGUCAGCACAGUUCCUACCAUCGGCUUCAACGUAGAAAUGCUCGAGGCAAGAAAGAAUGGGAAGAACAUUACCUUAACCAUGUGGGAUAUCGGUGGUCAGAGGAAGAUGCGAGAGUACUGGAAGAGUUUCCACCAGGACACGGCAGCCGUUGUGUUUGUUGUGGACAGCUCUGACUUGGAGCGUCUGGAGGAGGCGCGGAGGGAGCUGGAAGACACACUGAGGAGCGAUCAGCUGCAGGGUCGUCCGUUGAUUCUUCUUGCCAACAAACAGGACGUGAACGGCGCCCUGACUGCCACUGAAAUCAAGGACAGGUUUAUCCUGAGAAAGAGCUGCUCUGGUCGUGAUUGGUUCGUUCAGCCUUGCUCCGCAUCGACAGGAUUUGGAAUUGAAGAGGCCUUCAGACGAGUGGUCCAAAUGGUCAAACUUACAUCAGACUCUGGGGCGAUGAAAGACAAUAUCAAGGAAACAGUGAAUUACCUAAGAGGGAGUAGCAGACAUUAAGUUUUAUGUUACAUGAAAUGUGUCAUUU